GACCCGUGCGGGUGAAGUUUUUGGAACUGACAGAUUCUCGUUUUUUUGUUCGUAUUUUCAUCGUAAUUUUCCUAUUGAUCGUGGAGCACUGAAAUAUCGGCUAGGAGCUAGCUUGUAAAAUUGCACAUUUCCACUGUCUAAAGCAUUUGAAAAAUUUGCCACCAUGAGCCUGAAGAACGCCGCCCAGUUGGUGUUUUUGCAAAGUGCCCGCCAGUUUUCGCGGACAUCAACCAAGGCUUCCGGUGAGGUCGCAGAGGGUUACAAGCAGCUGAAGCACAUCCAGGCUAAGUUCCAGAAACCGGACGGUAAGCCAGUUUUCCUGAAGGGCGGUGCAUUCGACAAAGUACUGUACAUUACGACGAUGUCGCUGUGUGUGGUUGGACUGGCCGGCAUCGGAAAACUGCUCUACGAGCUGAGCUAUCCAGCCAAGCAGGAGGAUUAAUUUUGUUCCCGAUUUCGACCACCACAUCCUAAACUAGUAGUCAAAACGGUCAAAAUUGGCAUUUAUUCUGCUCGUGUAAAUGAUUGGCAUUCUUAGAAAGCAAACCCUUCACCCUCGUCCAUAUCGGAAAUAAUACGGGAUUCGCUGGCAGUUGCCUUCAGUACAGAGGUGGCUGCAGAUUCCAUUGAACAAUGUAUUUAUUGCAACUGUAUUAAGCAUUUAAAGGUAGCAAAUAAAUGUUUGUUUUGAACCAAGGGACUAAA